CUUAAUUUUUAUCAAAACAGUCUUGCACUUGAGUCUCUUGAAAAGAAUCACUCUUGAAUUCAUUCAUUUCGAAGCAGAAAAAAAAAGAAAAAAUUAUUUCAACUAUUAUACACGAAAAGGUUAUGUUUUCUAUUUUCCUUCUUCAACUGUCAAAAUCAGCUGUGGUGACGCUGUAUUGGAUAUUUCAAGAAAAUCAAGCAAAAUAGAGGGAAAUUUCGAAAAAAAAAUGGCUCCUCUGAGUUCUGUCAACACAGGAAAUGCGGAGCUUGAUGAAAAAAUUACGGAAUGGUUCAAAUGGAACAAGGAUUCGAAUGCUGAUGCUAAAAUACAGUCCUUAAUAAAUAAUAAUGAUACGGCAAGUCUAUCGAAAUUGUUUUUGAAGCGACUUGAAUUUGGAACGGCUGGAAUUAGAGGACAAAUGGGUCCUGGAUUUAAUCAAAUGAAUGAUUUAGUAAUUAUUCAAACCAGCCAAGGACUUGCUAAAUAUUUAUUAAACACAAUCGGUAAUCUGGAAAUAAAAGGAGUCAUCUUGGGAUACGACGGAAGACAUAAUAGCAAAAGAUUUGCAGAAUUAACGGCGUCAAUUUUUCUCAAUAAACAAAUAAAAGUUUAUAUGUUCUCGAAAGUAUGUCCAACGCCAUUUAUUCCUUAUGGUGUUUUAAAAUAUAAAUGUGGCGCUGGUGUAAUGAUAACAGCCUCGCACAAUCCUAAAGAAGAUAAUGGCUAUAAAGUUUAUUGGGAGAAUGGUGCACAAAUAAUUUCGCCUCACGAUAAAGGAAUUCAAAAAUGUAUUUUAGAAAAUUUAGAACCACUCGAUUCAUCAUGGAAUACAAAGGAAAUUUAUCAGCAUUCAUUAUUUAAUGAUCCAUUGAAUGAAGUUUUAAAAGAUUAUUACAAUGAUCUCAAGGAUGAUGUUUUGUAUCCAAAUAUUAAUGAAAAGACAAAUAUUAAAUUCACUUAUACCGCGAUGCAUGGCGUUGGAUUUGAUUAUAUGUCAAGGGCAUUUGAAACUGCAAGUUUUAAGCCGUUUAUCGUGGUUGAAGAGCAAAAAGAUCCUGAUCCUGAGUUUUCGACAGUGAAAUUUCCCAAUCCUGAGGAAGGAAAAAGCGCAUUGAAUUUGAGUAUCGAGACUGCGAAUCGAAAUGGCUCGACAAUUAUUUUGGCUAAUGAUCCUGACGCUGAUCGAUUGGCGUGUGCUGUCAAAGGAGAAAACAACGAGUGGCAAAUUUUUACUGGCAAUGAACUUGGAGCACUUUUGGGAUGGUGGAUGAUGCAUGUUUAUAAAGUUCGAUAUCCGGGCAAUAAUUUAGCUGAAGCUUAUAUGAUGGCCUCGACGGUAUCGAGCAAAAUCCUCCAAUCGAUGGGCAAAAAGGAAGGAUUUCAAUUUGAAGAAACUUUAACGGGCUUCAAAUGGAUGGGUAACAAGUCAAUUGAUCUGAUGAUGGAGGGAAAACAUAUUCUUUUUGCUUUCGAGGAGGCAAUUGGUUUUAUGUGCGGUUCAAGAGUUCUUGACAAAGACGGUAUUAGUGCGGGAAUUCGAAUUGCCGAAAUGGCCGCCUAUCUUGAAACAAUGAAUCUUACGUUACGUGAAAAAUUAAAUGAAAUUUACACUGAGUACGGUCAACAUAUCAGCGAGAAUUCCUAUUGGAUUUGCCACGAGCAGGAGACUAUUAAAUCUAUAUUCGAGAGACUGAGAAAUUAUAGCGGAAAACCAAAUACUUAUCCAACAAGUAUUUUGAGUGGAAAAUAUCCUGUAGUUGGCGUGAGAGAUUUAACGACUGGUUACGAUAAUUCGAAACCUGACGAUAAAGCAAUUUUGCCUACCUCGAAAUCCAGUCAAAUGAUCACGUUCUCCUUCAAAAAUGGCCUUGUUACAACAUUAAGGACAAGUGGCACUGAGCCAAAAAUCAAAUACUACAGUGAACUCUGUGCAACUCCAGAUCAACAGGAUUUAAAAGCUUUAAGAAGUACAUUAAAGGAGAUGGUCGACGCUAUUGUGACGGAAUUCCUUCAACCGGAAUUAAAUUGUUUGAUACCUCGCAGUGAUUAAAAAUUAUCAGUCAGGAAGAUAAUUUCAUUUAUUCUUUUCAAUUCAAUGAGAGUAAAAAAUUCUCUCACGGCUAGUGAGAUUUUUCAUGUGAAAAUGAAAUCAUUUUUUUUAAAAAUAUUUUCCUAUUUUUUUAAAUGUUGCUCAUACUUUCAUAUAAUUACUUUUUUCAUAACUUGUAUAUGUAAUACGAUAAAUAAAAUUCUCCAAAUUGUGAGAAUA